UCCUUUUUCCUAUGAUUGAAAGUGGUAACUGCUCCAAAGGCUCAACAAAAUGCAGAUAUUACUAAAGAGAGAACGUAAACAAAAGAGAACAAAAGAGAGAACGUAAACAAAAUCACAACUUUUCUCCAGAACACCCCAGAAAACUCCAUUUUUAGAGAUCUUCCCCAUUUUCUAUCAACCCUCAAUAAUAUAUGCAGCUGAAAAAAUCAACGAGAUAAACCGUAUCGUAAUUCGUAGUGAAUGAUGGUGUCUGAUUUGGCUGCAGAAGAAAAUGCAGAGAAGAAAUUAAAGUUUAUAGCAAAAUGCGUGAUAACAGGGGUUGCGUUAGGGUUAUCAAUUUGGGGAAUUCAUGCGGUGGGAUUAUCGGAAACCCUAGAAUUGUGGGUGAGGAAUAAGAAGAAGAAGCCAAUUCGUGUUUAUAUGGAUGGAUGUUUCGAUAUGAUGCAUUACGGCCAUUGUAAUGCUCUUCGCCAAGCUCGUGCGCUUGGCGAUCAGUUAGUUGUUGGUGUUGUUAGUGAUAAAGAGAUCACUGCUAAUAAAGGACCUCCUGUUACUCCGCUUCAUGAAAGGAUGACAAUGGUCCAGGCUGUAAAAUGGGUGGAUGAGGUCAUUCCUGAUGCACCUUAUGCAAUUACUGAAGAUUUUAUGAAGAAACUAUUUGAUGAAUAUAAUAUCGACUACAUUAUUCAUGGAGAUGACCCCUGUCUUCUUCCUGACGGAAGUGAUGCUUAUGCUCUAGCCAAAAGAGCUGGUCGAUUUAAGCAGAUCAAACGGACAGAAGGAGUUUCCAGUACAGACAUUGUUGGCCGUAUGCUUCUUUGCGUCAGAGAAAGGUCUCUUAAUGAAAAUACCAAUCAUUCUUCCCUUCAGAGACAGUUCAGCCAUGGUCAUAGCCAAAAGUUUGAUGAUGGUGUAUCAGCCGGCGGGACUCGUAUCUCACACUUUCUCCCAACAUCUCGCAGAAUUGUUCAAUUUUCAAAUGGAAAGGGUCCCAAACCAGAUUCACGCAUAGUUUAUAUUGAUGGUGCUUUUGAUCUUUUCCAUGCAGGGCAUGUAGAGAUAUUACGACUUGCUCGGGAACUAGGAGACUUUCUUCUCGUUGGAAUUCAUACGGACCAGACUGUCAGUGCUAAAAGAGGAAGUCACCGUCCUAUCAUGAAUCUUCAUGAAAGAAGCCUGAGUGUCUUGGCCUGCCGUUACGUAGAUGAGGUGAUCAUAGGUGCUCCUUGGGAAGUUUCCAAAGACACGAUUACAACUUUCAAUAUCUCAUUGGUGGUUCAUGGAACUGUAGCUGAGAGUGAUGACUUCCAGCAGGAAAAUGACAACCCAUAUGCUGUCCCGAUUAGUAUGGGCAUCUUCAAAGUUAUAGACAGUCCGUUGGACAUAACUACCACGACAAUAAUUAGGAGAAUUGUUGCAAAUCAUGAAGCUUAUCAGAAACGGAAUGAGAAGAAAGCAACGAGUGAGAGGAAGUAUUAUGAGGAAAAGACUUACGUGUCUGGUGAUUGAAAACUAUAAACAGAUUACGGUUAGGCUGCCAAAUCCAUUCAGCUUCAUUCUUGAGCAUUUAGUAGUGUAGGUGCCCAUAAAAUCUACCAGCGAAAGGAGCAGUACUGAAAUUAUGUUGGAAACGGAAAUAAGAUGAUGGAAAUUGCAACAUGAGGAGUUGCAACAUAACGAAAUGCAUAAAAGCUCUUGGAUUGGAUUUAGUUGCAUUUUGGAGGCUUUGCAGAUACAAAAGAAGAGUAGGGAAUAGAUAAUGGUUUAGUGCUUCUUUAUGAUAGGCAAGAUUCAUUUGACAUAGUUGUAAUAUUUUUAAUUAUAAUUCUUUAGUUUUUCCCCCCUUCAAUUUGCAGCAUUUUAGGAACCAAUAUUUUUUUUUUUUUAUUCUCUUGUAUUUCUUUGUCCUUUGAUUUUUUCAAUAUAAGGGUUAAUAGCUUUUUUGGUUAUUCCUGAUAAGAUUGACCUGACGAAAACACAAUUUAUAUAUGAAAUCAAGUAACUUAAUUUGGUCUCA